AUGUCGGCUUACGGGAUUGUGUGCCAAAAUGGAUGCUAUGGCGUGAAGAAGGGAUCAGUGUUCAUGGCACUUUCAAACUGUACUUUCCGCUUAGUUUCGCCGGUUUUGGCAGGAUCAAUGUCAGGAUACCUUGGGAGAGCCAUACAUAAAGACGGUCAUGAAAAGUAAGUGCGUCUUUAGAGAUUAAGGGCCAGUUAUUUAAACGUAGUUUAGCCAGUGUUUAACAAAACCGCGUUCUAAGCCCAGUAGUUUUAUUUAAACACUAUUUAUUGUGACAAAGUUUUAGGAAGGCAUAUAGAGUGGACCAGAAAAGCAUUUAUCUUCUAUAACCCACUAAGGAAGAGACCUGGUGGUCAAAAGAUUUGUUAAACAGCGCCUUAAGUUAUUUAAAUAACCGGCCCUAACUGUUAGAAUGUCCCAUUUGCCGAUCUGUUAAAUUUGACUAUAUUUGAUUCUGUCGGGUAAACAAAAGGAGAAUUUUAUCUGGAAGCAAGAAGAAUUUGAGUUGUUUUUCCACGCGGCUAAUUACCCCGCAAGCGAGCGUGGAGGGAAGAAAAUUCGCGCGCGCAGGUAGCCUAUCUGACGUGCAUUUCUCAUUUUGUCGGUCCAUUUGUAAGAAAACCUCUGCCCGGGGGUGGGGCAUUUGUUGAUUCUUCUACAGCGAUUAACAUCGUUCACCUCAGUUGAAUAUUUCACUCUAAAAUAUGCCUAUUUUGAAUUAAACAGUUAGAUAUUUCUAUAAAGAAUAUUUUUAAUACAUAUGCUUUAAAAAGAUAGGUACGGUUUACGCUACAUCACCACCCUACCCCAACGGUAUUUUUUGCUUCCUGUAAUGGUGAUCAAUGCGCACGUCAAUCCAUUGUUUGAAGAGUUAAAAAAGAAAUACUUUCUUUGUGAGCCAAUGGUUUUGGACAGAAAAACCUAGAAGAAAUCUGAGAUAUUUGAAAGCUGCUAAAGCGUGAUCAAUGAGACCAGGGUGUGGUGGGGCAGUUAAUAAAACUGUCGGGGAGGAAAUUUGUGGGCUUCUUGGGAAAACCGAACCCUGUUAUUCAAAUAGCUGUCAUCUCUGGCAGUGAGGCAGGGGUGGAUCCUUUAUUUUUCUUUGGAGGGGGUGCACCACUAAGGAAUUACGUAACGGAAUGGUGACUUAAAAAGGAAUAUGAAGAAGAAGACUUUUGAUUAGGCAAUAACUAAUCUCGUACCCAGAUCUCCCACGGCCAAGGGAGUGUAAAACAGAAUGAGAUCUGGGUAUGAGAUUAGGCAAUAACAUAUAUGAACUGCCGAGAAUACCUAACCCCAUAUUUUGCAAAAUAACAGUUGUAUUACUUGCAGGUGGGCUCAGGGGGGGAGGAGGUGUUCCCCCACCACCCUCCCCCUAGAUCCACCCCAGAGUGAGGAGAGGAUGUGGAACAUCCCAAGAGAGGAAAUGGGAGAGCAUCUUUUUAACUACUGUCAAAACCAUUAUGGCCACAUUUUAUGGUUACGUUUACUCUACCCCAUGGCCACUCCAACUUGAAUUCCCAUAACCCCUCUCCUUCUUCCACUAAUAUUGUAGCCUAAGUGACAUUACUCAAUUAUUCAAAAUAUUUCUCAAUUUAUUCCCGGGCUAAUAAGGUACUGACUCAUAAUAUUUGUUAUUAUUUGUUUCUAAAGGGAAUUCUUUUAUGCUAAAUCAGUGGCGAAAACCAAAGUGGAACGUUUCAUUGGAGUAUUGAACUCAACAGAAAAUGACCACUUUUUUAGAACAUACAGUGUUCAACUAAGUAAUACUCAACUGGAAGCCUUGCUUGCUGAAUUGGAAACCAGUGUACCCAUUACCGAUGACAUUCCCAAAGCAGUUUACAUAGUUGGGAAAAACAGACACUCGCAGCGCAAUACCGUUAUCUGGGCCUUAAACAAAGAUGUUUUCAUCAAUGCCAAAGGGAAUCUGGUGAACCCGGAAGAUUAUGGCUUUAAGUGGAUCAGCCACCUUGUCAAAGAUGGGGGAAAAGAAUUAGCUCAUGAGUCUCGGAAAGCGUCAAUUCAAUUACCUUUGACUACAACCUAUUUCGAUAUUAUGUGCCACUUUCUCAAUGGCUCCUUAAAACAAGCGACAAGUAAUGAUCCUCAUCUUUUCAAUACAGUCGAGGAAGUAUUUCGAGGCGCUGGACUAGACAUCUCAAAGUUGAAAGAUCAAGAGAGUGGGAAUUUCUUAUCUACCUUCUUUACGCUGUCAAUGAGUGUCAUCAUAUCCCAUUAUGAUGUGGUAAGUUUGGGGACAUGUUAAUAAGUACAGACAAUUCAUGCACAUCUUCCGAAUACCUGAUCAAUUACUUGUCAGAAUCCUUUAAAGAACUAGUUAUAAGCACAAUACUUUCUUUUGUUAUUCAAAUACCUACAAAAUAUAUAUGAUAUGUAUAUUAUCCUGCAGAAAAUGCUUAAUGUUUAACAUUGGAGCUCACAGAUUUAACCUUUCAUCCUUGAACCCCCUAAUCUUUUUUCCCUUAACAACAACAAAGUAGUUGCCUUUGCUAAGCUUAUUAUGGGUAAGCAAUGAUAAAAAUUAUAAUGUGAUCAAGUGACAACUCAAAUUUAUAUUUUACAUUAAUUAUUCUUUCUCUGUAAAUCAUAGAGCAACUUUUCCUUUUUCUCACUUUAUAGUGGCAGACGCUGGCAGGAUCUUGUCCCCUGCCAGCUGCAGUGGGAGACCCCGACUGCGGAAAAUCAACCGCAUGCAAGGUGGGCAUUGCUUGUACUGGUGGAUGGAAACACAACUUCUUUGCCUCGGUAUCUGAGAAGGUAUAAAAAAGAAUUAUUUUUUACAUAAAAGUUUUAACUACAAGCAGGGAUUUGCCUGGCUACAUUGAGCAAAGUGUAGCUAACAACUCUUUUGUCACUCAUUUAUAGCUAAGCAUCUGGCACCAUCUACCGCUGAGUAAUACGUGUAGGUCAUACUGAGAAAGGGGAAAAAAUUAACAGAUUUUGUAAUCUUAACUUUAUUUCAAGGUUAGUGGAAAGGUGGCAAGUGUUACUACACUUGGUUAUGUAGUGGAUGACCCGACAAAGCCCCAAGAUGUGGGUGAAGCUGCCAAGAAAUUUUUUAAUGAAGGGAGCAACAUUAAUUGCAAUGAAGAAUGGACGCCACGGUGUUGCCCUACUUUCGCUAUCAAUCAUCAUGUUGUUGAAUGGCUCUCUAAACCAGAACGUGAUAGGUAACAAGACCACUGUCACUGUUACUGUUAUAUUAAGAAUCAUAAUCUUGGAAUAGAAAAGUAUUGAAUUUUUAUGAUGUAUCUAACCUCAUUUGUAAACCCCAUUUGGUUUCGGCCUGAUACAGUCAACUCUGGCCUUGCUGACCCCUCGCUAUGGACAGCCUGAUAAUACGGACAGCGAUUAAAUACCGGCCAAAAAUUUAUUGCAAAAGUUUGACUGAAAUGAACUUCUGCUAUUACGGACUCUUGCUAAGGAGGAGACUAACUCGAGGUACGGCGAGAAGCCAUUUUGUUUGUUAAUGGCAGUGUUUGAUGGGGAAAAUUCUAGGUCCCAGAGAUAAAUCAUUGUGCGCCUGCUAUCCAUAAAUGAUGUCACGGACCACGUUGCUUCGUAUUAUGUAAAUUUGCCCACGUCACGCAUAAACUCUUUGUUACCCUCUUGAAAGUGUCCUUCUGAAGCUGGCAAAUUCAAAUCAUUGCACAGGACAUUGCAGGGUAAUGUAACACACCGCCGUACGAUUAUGUGCGGGGUUAAAAUGUCCAUGAUUUCUGGCAAUGGGGGGCCAAAAAAAUGACAAAUGGGUUGAUUACUCUAAAGCUGCUUUCAUUAGAAAUAUAGAGUGCCAAAGCCAAGAGCCAAAGGCUUUUGCUUGGUAAUGAGUGAUAUAAGUCUUCAGUGUUUGGUUUGUAUACCAAAAAGUGAUCAACUCAGUAACAUUUACAGGCAAAUCUGUUGUAAUGUUCGGGGGGCUAGCAAUGCCUCUACAAAGUUACCGUUCGCUUGAAUUUUUCAGGUUGAUGUCACGCAUUAUUUUCAUUCCAUUUGAAAGCGUCAAGAGGUCUAUUUCAGAUGAGGAAGCUUCUAUUUGGCAGCAGAUGUUCGAUUGUUUGAUAAAUAAAGUCUCCUCUGUUGUUGGAAAGGUCAUUGCUCUGGGGGAAUGGGUGUUGACACAAGAGGGAAGAGACUUCUAUAAUGAGUGUGUGGGAAUCGUUCUCAAAGGAUUUGGAGAAGAAGGGAGAGGAACGCGAUUCUCCAAAAUGUGGGCUUGUGGACUUCUGGCUGCCAGGAAGGUAUAGUGCUGGACAGGUCAUUUUUGUUUCGCUUAUCCGGCAUUAACUGGUAGAAUUAAUUUUUGUUUAUAAGGAAUUAUUAUAAAAUAAUGCGCUGAUUGCUGCUAGGCAGAUGAUCUAGUUAAAAAGAAAAUUAUCAAGAAACGAACCUUGAAAAUUGACAUGAUUUUAUACAGAAGCCAACAUUCAAUACAAAAUAUAAAGCGCAAGACGCCUUAACUUUCUAAAAUGAAUGUCCUUGAUGCACAUUAUCUAAUUGAAGGGCCGUUUCAGCGGCUGUAUAAUUUUUACACUGAACACCUACUCCAGACAUGGACAGUGUGGUGGAAAUCUUAGAAAUUGCGUUAGUAGGCUUUUUUUAAAAUACGUUUUCUUAUUUGACAGAUGCAGGAACUUACCUCCUCAAUAACAGAUGACCAGGUUAUUGGUUUUUUUAUGAAUAAAGUCUCUCCUCACGUCCUGCAUUAUCAGAAAUCUGCAGUCUUCGUACAAUCCUCUGCAUCUGACUUCAUGACAUCCCACGAUGUUGUCGAAGGAAGAGAAGCCUUCGUGAACAGACUUGGAGACAAGAUGGAGAUAGUAGUACAAGGGAUGGACACUAACACGGUAAAGCAAAACAGUCGUAAAAUUAAAAAAAAAAAAAAACGAAGCGGUUGCAGUAGCUAGGUGUCUCUUUACAAGAGGUUCUAAUCACAGGACUUUGACUGGGGAGAAGUUAAGGUGAAGUAAUUUGAAGCAUUUAUUAAAGAUACAAAGUAAUUAAUAUCAACAGUAGGUCAUCUUUUCUAACCAGACGGAAAAUUCGUCACCCUCUGGAACUGAACUUACCUUCAGGCAACUAACUGCGAGAAAUAUUGAGGAAUUUCAACAAAAAAAAUAUGUCAGACUUAAAAUUUUUUUACCACCCAACACCUCAAACUUCUUAAAUCUUCGUGCAGCCUUAAAAGUGGCACAGUGGAUGUUGAUUACUUCAAGUGAAUAGAAAUUAUUACCAUUUUGCAGGUCGGUCAGUUCCUGACGACAAAUUGUUCAACUUCGAAGCUGUCAGCCGAUGGUAGUGUACAACGCGCGCUGGCCAUAAGGGCCGAACAAUUCCAAGAUCGCUGUAUGGAAAGCGAUACUUCUCCUAUAAAGCCAGAAGAACUUCGAUCCGGAGUACAAGCCUAUGGGAUUGGUGGGUAUAUGAAUAUGUUAAACGUUCUCUGCAUCUGUAAUGACUCGCCAAGCCAAAAUAGCGCAAGAGAAAGCCCAGUUAAAGUGUUCUUGUUCGCGUCCAAGUUCGUCGGGUACAACCACUUUGCAUCGGUUCUGCGAGUUAAUGACUUUCAGGUCCAGUUACACUUUGCACUUCCCGAUUGAAAUUUCUUUCGGUUUUUAACUUUGAAAACACCGUAAAUUUCAGUAUGGACUCCACGGCGAAAUUUCCUGAUAUUCGCUUUUCAUUAUCUCCGCGAAAAAUCGUCCAAAUUUCAUGCAAAACCCCUCACUCGAGAGAUAAUCACGUUAAGACAUUUCAGAACGGUAUUUUCGUUCAGCGGUUCCUUUUUGACUGUAAAUACCGUGAUGUUUGUGUAUCGUGACAUUGAGUCCGCACUCGGCCGUAUGUGACAGCGGCUUAGCCCAUAAAAAAGGAAUAUUCAUAUAAUUAGCACGAAAAUUUUGGUUCGAAAUUUCCAGAGGAGGAGUGAACGUCUUCCCACAGUGCAUUGCGGUUGUGUUUCUUACAAGAUGGCGGAGUUUUCCUUGGCACGUCGUGUUUUUACGGUGUUUUUGUGUGACAUUUUUACCGGGUUAGAAUCCUAACUAGAGGUAAGUAAGACCAUUCAUACAUUCUUUGUUUCUUUAUCUUUUCAUAAAAGCCAGCUUUACAAGAGUAUUUUUUCUGAAACGUAUAUUUUUUCGUAUUUGAAUUGUGAUAUCCUGAUCUGUCAUCGUUCACUGCCAAGGAAUGGUUCCGAAAACAUGUUUGUAGUUUCUUUUCUAGUCAAAGUGGGGUAUUGUUUAAUUAAGUCCGCCAUUUAAGUAAUUCAGAGGUUUAUCUUCUUAUUUUUACUAAAGUGACCCACAGUGACCCAGGAAUUUGAACAUUUUGAAGGCGUGGAAAUCGAUCAACUUUGGCGGUUUUGUGAUAAGUCUUACAGAAUGUUGCGAAACGUGGCAUCACUCAGGAAAUGCGGAGACUCUGAAAGAGGGAUUUUUUGGUUAAUGAUUCCGAUUUUUAAGGAAAAUGGCUUAAUCUGAACACUGUUAGAUACUUCAAACAUUCCCAAUAUAUUAUUAUACAGUUUUGAUUCCACUUAAACUAGUAUGGAGUGAUGAGAACAUAGACUUAAUAAACCUUAUAAAUUAUGAAAACAUCUCACAUUCCCAUGCGUUACCCGCGCCAAAUCUUCAAUCAAAUCAAUUUCAUUUGCUUUAUCAUAAGGCAGGGUAGCCAAUACCAAAGAAAUAACAAAGUGAUUAAAAUUAAAAUCUAUCCUUAUUAACAAAGAUUAAUAGAAGGUCUUCAAAUCUUGAAAUCUUGCCAUGGGUCUCUUUGACAAGAUGUCAGUUCUUUGGAUUCAUAAAGGUGAAAAAAGAAUGGCUUUCAUGGCUUUUCUAGCAUUCUUUUAAACUGUUUUAUUGCCAAAUAAUUUUUAUAUAUUUUGUGAUUGAGGUGUUUAUCUCAUUUAUAUUUUUAGAGAAACCUGCAAGUGUAUAAAAUCAGUGAUACCCUUCAUUAGUGGAUGCUAGAUAUCAACGUGAUGAUGCACACCAGACUCAGUUGGACUAUAGAUUUUAGAAUGUAUGGAUGGAUCUUCUUGUUACCUCAUUUUACAUGGUACAGAAAGUACCAUCUUAGUGGCAUUUUUAUAUCAAUAUCCAUACAGUUGCUCUCCACUAAGAGUGUUAUGUCCUGCCAGUGAUAGUUUUCCUUUUCAAUAGUCCCAUGGCAGGCCAAUGCAAAUAUAGCACAAUAAUUGUGAUGACAGGAUCACUUGCCUUUUUACAACUAUACAAGAGCUUUAGCGGUGCACUUGCCGAUGCGCAAAAUGGCCUUGAACAAAAGACACAUAGACAAAUGAGUUCUCCAAGGCAGAACACACCUUGGUAAAUAGCUCCAACUUUUUCAUGUUUCUGUCCCGGGUUGAGAACACUACAACAUUUUGAAACAUGACUGACCAACCAGGCUUUUUAGAGGAAAGAUAUUCUGAGGUUAGUUGGCUCAUUUCCAUUCAAACAAAUGAAUAAUUUAUUAAGCUAAAAAUCGUUUUUUCAUUGGUUCAAAGCCUUUAAUUUAAUCUUGAGCAAAAUGACUGUUAAAAAAAUUAUUUUUAUUUCUGAGUCUUUAUUAUAGAGUUGCCAUAAAGUUUCUCUUGAUAUUCACAUGUUUUGUACUAAAAAAUAAAUAUGAAUAAUAAAUUUACAGAAACCAUAUUAUGUCUCAGACUACACUGUUUUCUCUAUAGCCUAUAGAAAAUAGCCCGGGAGAGCACCCGGUUUUUUUUUGGCUCUAGUUUCAUCCAGUUUUUCUUGGUGGGUGAAACUAGAGCCAAAAAACCGGAUGCUCGGCGCGUUAUUUUUCUUACGUUUGUAUGAAAUUUUGAUCUUGUGUACGGUACAAGAGGAAUUGAGGUUAUCAUUGAGUUUGCCGUUUAAUAAGAUUAGAGGCUAGUGUAGGAGUGGCAGUGAGAUGUUCAAUAACAUGCCACAAAUCACGCUUAUAAGACUGUAAACAAAAUACACAUCUCAUUAUAAGCUCCCCAGAUAUAAGUCCCCCUCUAGUGUCUGUUCCAAAAUAAUGUAAUGAAUUGAAUUUGAUUUAUUGUGACAUUUUGAAGCUUAUUAAAACACCACUGAGUACAAAAUGUGUUUUUAUCAGCCUCAGGUAUAGCUUAUUUCAAAGUGCUUUUUUCUAUUCCGGUUAUAAGCCCCUUCGUUUAUAACCCCCUCUAAAACCCUUUGCGAAGAUGCAUAUGCCCAGGACUUAUAAGCAGCAGCUUAUGGUAAACUGUAGAGGCUAGAUGAUAUUCUCAAACCUCAAAACAGUAUGUAAGCAAGUAAGUAAAUUUUUUUUCACUCUUCUGUGAACUGCCUCAGUCAGAUUUCUGUAUUACCCCAUACAUUUAUUAUACUUUCAACAAUUUCAUGCUUUUUCUUGCAACUAGUUUAAUAUGCACAGAGUUGAAACAUGUAUGCAUAAUAAAUAUGUGGGGUUAUACGGAGAACUUACCACUGCCUCUUCAGUACAUCAAUAGCAGCAAAGACAACUUUACACAUUCCCAUCCAAAAUUAAUAGUUGCUAAUUAUGUGUAAGAGGCUAUUGUUAGGGAUGUAUCUUAAACUAAUGUAGGUUUGGAAAAAGAAAGCUAGCCAAACCUUGAAAUUAGACCAGCCAAAGAGGGCAAAUGCUGGAAGUAAAUUCACGUCCACGCGAAAUUUACCAUACGAUAGGUUUACUCUCUAAUUAGUUUCCAUGAGUAGAAUAAUAUGAGAACUCUGAGGUCAGACCAGGGGCCUGAGGGAGAUUAGUAGACAAAUUUGCAGUCAUUGAUUUCCGGUCUUCCUCGACUCUUGGACAGAUUUUUUUUCUACAGCCUUUGUCUGCAAAAGAACGCAAUUUCUCUGAGAAAAUUUCUUUUUUGUGCUUAACAAAACCAGUAAGGGUAACGAAUGAAUGGUAGCUGCAUGAUCAUCGCUACAGUCACCGUCUCCUUAAACUCACCCUCACCUUUACCCUUAAACACACCCUUACCCUCACCCCCACCCUUGGUGUUACCUUUACCCUCGUUUUAGCAACGCCGGUGCAUAACUUUCAAACGAACUGGAGGGGUAUUUUUAUCAAGGACCUACCCUCUUCCUUACCAGUAUCGUGACGAUAAGGCCCGAAAAAACAUACAAGUGACAGAUACUUUCUUCUUUCAUCUGUUUUAGGAAUAAAACGUGCAGAACAAAGAUUUGUGUCACCAUCAUCCAAGGUUCCCUCUAAACGUAAAUUAAAGAGCUGCGUCAUGGUAAAAAGAUCGCUCUUUAAGCAGUCAACUCUUGAUGUACUAGAUGAAGGUAACUGA